GUCUUUUAAAAGUUUAAACCUUAAAGAUAUCACAGGCAUGUGGUUUUAUUAAAUAAAAACAAAUUAAUAAUACAUUUAUUUUUUAUCGUUGGCGCUUAUUUUUCCCAAAAAAAAUGGAAGUGGAAAAUAUCAAGGUAGAUGAGUUUCUGCCUGCAAAAAAUCCGAUUAAAUUAAAACGAAGUGCCGUUUCGGAGUCUGGUGAUGGUAUGGAAGUGGAGCAGCACAAAGGCAUCGAAGGCAAUUCUCAACACAGGCGCCCGAGGGCUAAAAGACCAAAAAAAAACGCUGAACCUAAUGAGAGCAAAGUUAAUAUGAGAAAAGUAGCUGUACCUGCUCACAGAUACACACCUUUAAAAGAAAAUUGGUUAAAAUUAUUUACUCCAAUUGUUGAACAUUUGUUGCUUCAAGUGAGGUUCAAUACGAAAACAAGAAAUGUAGAAAUCAAAAUAGGACCAGAAACAAAGGAUAUUGCAAAUUUACAAAAAGCUGCUGAUUUUAUCAAGGCUUUUGUUUGUGGCUUUGAAGUUGAAGAUGCUUUAGCAUUGCUGAGAUUGGAUGAUUUAUUUGUGGAGACAUUUGAAAUUAAGGAUGUAAAAACAUUACAAGGCGAUCAUUUGGGAAGAGCCAUUGGUAGAUUAGCAGGAAAAGCUGGUCGUACAAAAUUUACCAUAGAGAAUGUCACCAAAACCAGGAUAGUGUUAGCGGAUUCAAAAAUACACAUCCUUGGCAGUUAUCAAAAUAUAGCUUUAGCUAGAAGAGCUAUUUGUAAUCUUAUUAUGGGUUCUCCUCCUUCAAAAGUAUAUGGAAAUUUGAGGAAUGUAGCAAAAAGAGUAGCAGAGAGGUUUUAAAAAAUUAUUUAUUAAAUUCAUAAUAAUCUUUUA